AUGCUGGCCGUUUUGGGGGUAGCGAGGUCGUCUCCUGUGAUUGGACCAGAGCCCAUCCGCUGUGCCGCUUGUACCACGGAGAAGCUGAGCCAGUGCCCGGUGGUGCCCGCGGGGUGUGGGCAGGUGCUGAGGGAGCCCGGCUGCGGCUGCUGCAUGGCCUGCGCCCUGGAGAGAGGGGCCUCCUGCGGGGUCCACACUGCCCACUGCGGAGACGGCCUGCGCUGCACCCCCAAACCAGGGGAGGCUAGACCCCUCCACGCCCUGACCCGAGGACAGGGGGUCUGCACGGAGCAGCUGGAGCAAGUUGAAACAGCGGUGGACCAUGACUCCCUGCAGUACCGCCUGGGUCUGAACCUGCCCCUGGACCAGCCCGACACCGCAGAGGGACAGGAGAGCAUCAAGGCCAAAGUCAACGCCAUCCGCAACAAACUGGUGCAGCAGGGCCCGUGCCACACAGAGCUACACACCGCACUGGACACUAUCGCAAACUCUCAACAAACACUGGGGGAGAAGUUCACCACCUUCUACCUGCCCAACUGUGACAAGCACGGAUUCUACAAGGGCAAGCAGUGCGAGUCGUCCCUUGUCGGCCCCCCGGCUCGCUGCUGGUGCGUGUCCUCCUGGAACGGGAAGAAGAUCCCGGGUUCCGCCGACCUCCUCGGAGACUCUGAAUGCCAGCAGGAGAUCACCGUCCUCUAG